AUGAAUCCGGCGCUAAUGCUACGUCGUUUCAUUUGCUUCAAUGCUUCUGCAACUCUUUCUUCUCUAGCUCCUUGUCCGAAGAAGAAGAAGCCUCUCAUCUUCUUAGGCUCUCCUCAGGUUUCCGUGACUGUGCUUGAAGCUCUCUUCGAUGCAUCUGCUGCUCCCAACUCUUCCUUCGAGGUUGCAGGCAUUGUCACACAGCCUCCGGCGAGGAGAGAUAGGGGCAGAAAAGUUUUGCCUUCUCCAGUUGCGCAAUACGCUCUCGACAAAGGCUUACCUUCUCAUCUUAUUUUCUCCCCUGAAAAGGCAGGAGACGAAGCAUUCUUAUCCACUUUAAGAGAUUUGCAACCUGAGCUUUGUAUUACAGCAGCUUAUGGGAACAUUUUACCUACCAAGUUCCUUAAUAUUCCACUACAUGGGACAGUGAACAUACACCCAAGUUUGCUGCCUUUGUAUCGUGGUGCUGCUCCGGUUCAAAGAGCAUUACAGGAUGGUGUCCAAGAGACAGGAGUAUCAUUAGCAUUUACAGUGCGGAAGUUAGAUGCAGGGCCAGUGAUUGCCUCUAAGAGGUUCCAAGUAGAUGAUCAAAUAAAGGCACCAGAACUACUCUCGUUCUUAAUUUCGGAAGGAUCUAAGCUUCUCAUCCGUGAACUUCCCUCGAUAUUUGAUGGGUCAGCAAAAUCAAAAGCAGUUCCCCAAGAUGAUUCUAACGCUACCUUAGCUCCAAAGAUAUCUCCAGAUGAGGCUUGGCUCUCUUUUGACCAGGAAGCUUUUAUCCUACAUAACAAGGUUCGCGCACUUGCAGGAUGGCCGGGAACACGAGCUAAAGUUGUAGUCCUCGAUGACAAAAGCGGUGAGCAAAACGUAUUGGAGCUUAAGAUCAUCACCACUCGAGUGUGCCAAGAAGUGGAAAUCCAGGACGGUGGACAAGAUUAUGUUAGUUUCAAGAAAGCUUCAUUGGUGGUUCCCUGUGGAGGAGGUACAGCUUUGGAGGUGCUGGAAGUCCAGCUUCCUGGUAAGAAAGUGAUCAAUGCAGCCGCUUUUUGGAAUGGCUUGCGAGGUCAAAAGCUGAAGAAGCUAUGA